AUGGGUGUCCCAGAAAUCGAAGUUCCUAUCAGGAGCCCUCCCAGUAAGGAAGCUGGAAAUGUCGACCUAUUGGAGUCAGCUUCUGCCAGCUCUCAAGAGCUUGGUUUCGAUGAAAAGGCUACGCAGAAAUUAAUCAGGAAGAUGGAUUGGACUCUUUUGCCAUUCCUCGCUCUUCUUUAUCUUCUCAGUUUUCUCGAUCGUACAAACAUUGGAAACGCUCGUCUUGUGGGACUCGAAGAAGAUCUUGGGAUGUCUGGCUUAGAUUACAAUGCUGCUCUUGCAAUCUUCUUCCCAUUUUAUGUUGCUGUCGAACCUGUAUCCAAUUUGAUGAUGAAAAGAACACGACCAAGCAUUUGGAUCCCGACCAUCAUGGUUGCUUGGGGAGUGUGUUGCACACUCAUGGGUCUCGUAUCCAGUUACGCUGGUCUCCUUGCUGCCCGCGCUGCUCUAGGUAUUGCAGAAGGAGGCUUGUUCCCGGGCGUCACCUUUUACAUAACCAUGUGGUAUAAGAGACAUGAAUGUGGUCUUCGCAUGGCCAUCUUCUUCUCAGCAGCUACAGCUGCCGGUGCCUUUGGCGGUCUUCUCGCCCGUGGUAUCAUUGAAAUGGAUGGACUGAGCGGCAAAGCUGGCUGGGCUUGGAUCUUCAUCAUCGAGGGUCUUGUGACACUUAUUGUCGCAUUAGCCGCUUUCUUCUACAUGAAUGAUUAUCCAUCCACUGCCAAAUUCCUCACUCCAGAGGAGAGGCAUGAAGUUUCCCGUCGCCUGGAAAAUGACCGAAGUUCUCUUGCCGACGAAUUCCACAUGAAAUACUUUUGGCAUGCUGUCAAGGACUGGAAAAUCUGGGUUCACAUGUUCAUUACCAUUGGAAUCUACACUCCACUAUACUCGAUCUCGUUGUUCUUGCCGACCAUCGUCAGGACCCUCAAUUAUACGAAUGAGACUGCUCAACUCAUGACCGUUCCUCCAUACAUUGUCGCCUGCUUCUGUUGUAUCACUGGAGGUUUCGCCGCCGAUAGGCUCAAGACUCGUGGAGUGUUCAUGAUCGGCUUUAACUGCGUAGCGCUCGUUGGACUUAUCAUGCUCAUCUCUUCCCCGAACCCCCACGUCAAAUACACCGGAUGCUUCUUCUUCGCCGCCGGCAUCUACCCAAAUGUUCCCCAGGGUGUUGCCUGGAAUGGAAACAAUAUUGGCGGCUCUGUCAAGCGAGCUGUGGGAAUUGCCAUGCACGUUGGAUUUGGUAACCUCGGCGGCGCCAUUUCAGGAUUCAUCUAUCUUAGCACCGACUCUCCCGAAUUUACCAAGGGUCACGCCAUCCUCAUCGGCAUGAUCAGCAUGAGCACAUGUCUCCAGAUCUUCAUGACUCUCUGGCUCCGACAUGAGAACGCCCGUCGUGACCGCGAAUACAAGGCUCCAGAUCAAUAUACUGCUCAAGAUAAAUUUGCAGAGAGGGAAAUGGGCGACAAUGCUACUUUCUUCCGUUACACUGUCUAA